UUUACUCCUUAUGCACUGUUUCUAUGGAGCAGGAUCUGUAGCUGAUCUGUGGAGCUGGAAUAUUCUACCUGAGCUGCACCUCUGAAGGUGGAACAGUCCCAGUAGGAGGACAGGAGUCCGAUCUGCCUGAUCUAUUUCUAUGGGAAAGGAGCGAAAAGGAGGAGGCUCCUCUAGCUGAGGUGUGUCUAUGGAGGGGAGUUCUACACGUGACCGACUUGCUCCUGUUCAGGAUCCUGGACGGAGGUAUAGACCGAGACCAGAGGAGGACCGCAGGAGACGGAGAAUCGGCUUCUGAUCACACAGCAUCAGCGUCUUCACUCGGAUCCUUCAUCUGUGCCUUCGGUCCUUUGUUUUUCAGCCUUUCAGACACAAACCAAAUAUUUUCAUUUCGAUCCUCAACCUGCAGACCAAGCCCGCACCUCUCAUCUCAUCCUCUGAAUGUGUCGCCCGGCUGCAGCGGUGCUCGCGGCGCUGACCGCCUGCCUGUCGUGCGCUCCGCUUGGAGCGAGGAGCCAGCAGCUCAACUACCGACCGGUCAUCGGUGUGCUGGCGCAGGAAAACCUUCCAGAAGACCAGUUUGCUCGUGGGUCCUCUUACAUCGCUGCCUCCUAUGUCAAAUACCUGGAGGGAGCCGGGGCAAGGGUCGUACCCAUCAGAAUCAAUCGCACAGAAGAGGAAUAUGCAAAGAUAUUCUACUCAAUAAACGGGUUACUGCUGCCGGGAGGAGACGUAGACAUUCAGACAUCGCAGUUCAGUCGAGCCGCCAAGAUCUUUUACGACUUGGCUCUGAAGGCCAACGAUGCUGGAGACUACUUCCCUAUAUGGGGAACCUGCCAGGGCUUCCAGCAGCUGUCUGUCCUCACAGCCAACAAAAACCUGCUCACCCUCACUGAUACCAAGGCUGUGGCUCUGCCCCUCACUCUCACAGCAGCGGCCCAGUCCAGCCGUCUGUUCCGGAGUUUUCCCAAGGAUCUGCUGCAGUCUCUGGCCGAGGAAAACAUCACUUCCAACUUCCACAGCUGGAGUCUGUCUAUGCAGAACUUCAGCCGAAACGGCAAGCUGAAGAGGUUUUACAAGGUCCUGUCCACUAACAACGACGGGAGGAAGGAAUUCAUCUCCACCAUGGAAGCCUACCGCUACCCAUUUUAUGCAGUGCAGUGGCAUCCUGAGAAAAGCCCCUUUGAGUGGAUAGAUAAGCCGGGCAUGGUGCACUCCACCUCUGCUAUAAGAGCCUGCUUCUACACUGCCAGCUUCUUUGUCUCUGAAGCCAUGAGGAAUCAGCACAAUUUCUCCAGUCCUGCGGAGGAAGAGCGAGCUCUCAUCUACAACUUCUCCCCCGUCUACAGAGGCAUCCACGCCGUCUUCGUGCAGAACUAUUACUUCGAUUGAUGGGCAGCGCUGAAGACUGAAACGGGCUCACUCUAGUCAGAAUUUAUUAUUCAUGGAAGACACCGACCAAACUUGAUGGAGUUGUCAUCGACAGUAGCCUCAAACAAUUAGCAGUUUACCUGAUUUCCACAGUUAUAUCAAAUGCAGAGAGGGCAGCGAUGAGAAAUACAAGAAGAAAAUAAAACAAAAUGUUGUAGUCAGAAGUCAUACAAAUGAAAAAAACGAAAAAUGCAAAGACGUGCACGUUUUUUAAAAGUACAAAAACUAUAGGUGCAAGUUACAUUUUGAUUCGGUUACAGCGAUCAGUUGACUCAUCAACCCCUCGUCAUAAAAAUAACUACAAUCCAGAAUAACAGUGACAUUCAGAACAGGAUGCAGGAUUUUCUACAUCACAAGGCACAACAGUAAAAUCAGUUUACAUUUGGAGUAACAAAACACAUUAGAAUAUGUCAGAUUUUAGUCCAUUUGCAGUAUAUGCAGUAUAAGCCCAUUUACAUAUUGUUCCUUUGUUGUAUUGAAUCCAAAUCACCUCGCAGUGUUACGAUUCGUUGUGAAACGUAGUUGUAGGGACAUUUUAUUCUCACUCCAGAAUUAUAAAGGCCUCAUUAUGGCAAACUAAAUUAAACAAAGCAUAAAACUACUGCUGAAUAUUUGGGCAAGAAGAAUACGCCUGGCGUUCAGGGUCUCCCUCUCAGAAUACCACAAGUCACCUCAGUUCAGUUCACCACUGCCAUUUCCAUUCUAUUGUGCUUUUUUUGUUAUUUUUGAAGGAUGAACAGUUGAACAUUAGUUUAGCACCUUGGACAAAUGAUGCAGUUCCUAACUUUAAUGUACCACUUUUUAAAACCUGCACUGAUAUACAGCAACGACCGUCUAAAUGCUAAAACUUUUGUACUCUGUGGUAUUGCAGUGCGAGCUUGUUUAACUGUACAAUCACUGACUGCUAGCCUCAUUUAGCUCCUAAAACGUCCAGGAGUUUGGAAAGAACCAGAAAUGCUUAAACUCGCCACCUGUAUUCAUUCUCUUUGGAUGUAUUGGCUUUAUUCUACAGGACAGGUUAUUCACCCCUCAGUAACACAAACAGCAUUCAGUGUGUGAAAAACAGCCACUGUCCCGGUUUGAGGGUGUGUGAUCGUUUUGUAACAGUGUCUUUGUUCCAGUCGGCGACUCGCUGAACUCAGAGUUCAUGUUUAUAUGAUUGUAUUUGUGUGUCUCUGUGAGCAUUUAAGGUGGAAGUGGAGUAUUUUGUGUGCCAUGAUAUCAGUGAACGCCACAGAUCGCUGCAGGUUAAAGUCAUGAUGUUCCUUUUAUACAAGAAGGCUGGAAACCUGAAAACCUUGUAGGUAUGAAAAAGUGGAUUGUAUGUAGUUUAUGAUUGUCUGAUUUUAAAAUGUGACCAUGGAUGUUUAAUAGUGUGGCAUGACAUCACAGAGACAUUUUCUUCAGCUUCCACCAUUUGAAAAAACAAGGAUCCCAAAUCAAGAAGGCUCAUUGAUUUUGUUUGUUUUAUCAGAUAUAUAGCUUUUCUUUUGUUGCAGUCAUGUUUAAAAGAGAAAUGAAGAAGUCCUCUAUUGCCAAAGUGAAAAUAAAGAAGUGAGUAAAAAAAGAAAAAGUUUCCCUUUUGUUAAUAAAACCAAAACCUAUCUGCAAACUAACCACUUGUCUAAAUCCUACUGUGGAAAAUUUAUUACAUCGAGUUCAGCUCAGUGGUUUUGGAGACAUG